AUGCUAAAUGCAAAAUUAGAGUGCCACAUGGCAGGACCUCAUGCACUCUUGUAUUUGAAAUUGAAUGGCAUGAAGCGCACACGCAACGUCGUGGUGGCGCGCCUCGUUGAGACGCUCUCCAAGCAAUCCAUUCUCUCCAAGUGCUACGACACCUUGCCGAGCGACGAGGCCUCCUCUGCCGCACGCCUCAUUGAGACUGAGGCUUUCUCCACCGCCGCCGCAUCCGCCUCUGCUGAGGACGACGGCAUCGAGAUCCUCCAGGUUUACUCUCGCGAGAUCAGCCGCAAAAUGCUCGACACUGUUAAGACUCGUGCCUCCUCCGCCGCCGCUUCUUCUGUCGUCGACGCUGGAACUGCGCCGCAGACUCCAUCUCUCGAGGCUGCUUCCGCCACCACUACCAAUGAGGAUAACCCUCCUACCGUCACUAAAUCUUAA